AUGAAAGGGCAAAAACAGCAUAGUGUACAUCAACAACGUCAUCACAUAGAUGAAGUUUUGUUGUCUUGUCAUCAGACUCACUUUUCAAUGUUAUGUGACAAGAGGCAAGCUUAUUUCACUCCAAAUACUCCAAUGCUAAGCAAAAAGCACUGCUGCUGUUGUAAAGAAAGUGGGAGUAAAUGUUACAAGACUCUCAACGCAUUCAGAAAAAUGCCAUCGCAGCAUGACUCCCUUUAG